AUUGCCCCGCAGGUACUGGGGUUCAACACACGGCAGCGCAAGGCCUUCCUGAACGCGGUGAUGAGGUGGGGGAUGCCCCCCCAGGACGCCUUCACCUCCCAGUGGCUCGUGCGGGACCUGCGGGGCAAGAGCGAGAAGGAGUUCAAGGCCUAUGUAUCCCUCUUCAUGCGCCACCUCUGCGAGCCGGGCGCCGAUGGCUCCGAGACCUUUGCGGACGGGGUCCCCCGGGAGGGGCUCUCCCGGCAGCAGGUCCUGACCCGCAUCGGGGUCAUGUCCCUCGUCAAGAAGAAGGUGCAGGAGUUCGAGCACAUCAACGGCCGCUGGAGCCUCCCCGAGCUGGCCCCGGAGCCCAGCGCCGCCGGCUCCAAGCGCUCGUCCCGGGCCUCCUCCCCCGCCAGGACCGGGCCCCCCAGCCCCGAGCACAGCGGCCCCCCCAGCCCCGCCCCACACAGCCCCGGCACGCCAGCCCCCAGCGAGCGCGGGGAGGGGCCGGGGCCCCCCCAGGACCGGGACCAUGGGGACCCCAACAGGGACGAGAAGGACCCCAAGGGCCCUGAGAAGAUGGAGCCAGAGGGGCCGGGCCCUGAGGGGUCCCCAUCGCCGGGGGAGGGGAGCGAGGCCGAGGGGAUGCGCAAGGGGGAGGAGGAGGAAGGAGCCGGGCACAGGGAGCCCGAGGCCGAAGGGACCCCGGCCCGCGAGGAGCGAGCGGGCACAGACCCCGACAAGGCUCCCUGUGCAGACAGAGCUGAUGAGAAGCCCCCUGACGAGGACCCCAAGGAGCGGCCGGGGGACCCCGACCCCAAACGAGAGGACCUGAAGGCCGAGAGGGAGCCCAAGGGCGAGCCCCGCGCCAACGGGCGCCGCGACGAGCGGCCCGAGAAGCCUCGGUUCAUGUUCAACAUCGCCGAUGGGGGCUUCACGGAGCUGCACACGCUGUGGCAGAACGAGGAGCGCGCCGCCAUCUCCUCCGGGAAGCUCAAUGAGAUCUGGCACCGGCGCCACGACUACUGGCUGCUGGCCGGCAUCGUGCUCCACGGCUACGCGCGCUGGACCGACAUCCAGAACGACGGCGCCUUCGGGGUCAUCAACGAACCCUUCAAGGGGGAGGCCUCCAAAGGGAACUUCCUGGAGAUGAAGAACAAGUUCCUGGCCCGGCGCUUCAAGCUCCUGGAGCAAGCCCUGGUGAUCGAGGAGCAACUCCGGCGCGCCGCUUACCUCAACAUGACCCAAGACCCCAACCACCCGGCCAUGGCCCUCAACACCCGCUUCGCCGAGGUCGAGUGCCUGGCCGAGAGCCACCAACACUUAUCCAAGGAGUCCCUGGCGGGCAACAAACCCGCCAACGCCGUCCUACACAAGGUGCUGAACCAGUUGGAGGAGCUGCUGAGUGACAUGAAGGCGGACGUCACCCGCCUGCCCGCCACCCUCUCGCGCAUCCCCCCCAUCGCCGCCCGCCUCCAGAUGUCCGAGCGCAGCAUCCUCAGCCGCCUGGCCAGCAAGGGCACCGAGAGCCACCCGCCACCGACCUUCCCACCAGGGCCCUACGCCACCCCCCAGAGCUAUGGGGGCACCUUUGGGACCCCCCCACCCGGAGCCCUCCCCCCUGGAGGGGCCAACUACAGCCAGAUGCCACCCGGGUCCUUCAUCACCGCCGCUGCCAAUGGUCCCCCCGUACUGGUGAAACGGGAGCGCGAGGCCGAGGCCCAGGACAAGAAGGAGCCGCGGGGGGGGGAGGUCAUUUGCAUCGACGACUAAAGGGGGGGAGGGGCCAUGGGGGGGGCCCCCCCUAUGUCCCCUCCCCCCCU